CCACACAGCUCACCCAUCAUCAUAACACAUUGAACUUCUCAGUCGUAACCAUAGACUGUAUAUGGUCGUAACGCUCUCUACUAACUUCUUCUCCUCGGUAAUGUGAAACUUUCCCUUUCUCUGUCACAAAUUUCUGUGGAGUUUUUUUCAUCAGUUUUAUCUCCUGUUUGCUAAAGUGUGACGUCUUUCAGGUCAGUGAAGGGAAAACCAUUUAUUUUUACCUCGUGGACGGGUGUGUGUGUAUGUGAGCCAGUGUGUGUGGAGAAAUCUAGGAAGUAACGUCAGCCUCUACUUAACUCUUCGACCAGGACGACGCGGAAGACGUUAAUCCUACAUUUCUCAAAGAGGCUGUGAUUUUUAAGUGCGAUAAUGUCGCUGCUGGGAAAUAUCAAGUGUAUAUCCAAUAUCUAAUAUUUAAUCAUUUAAAAACUGCUUUAAUUAUUAAAGCAGUUUUAUUGGCUCACCUUUUUUUGGAAAACUCAGGUGAAGAAACCCUCAAAUUGUGGGAUUGGAGAUUGUAGCGCCAGAGAUCUUCCUCCUUUCUUCGCUUUCAGGAGUAUUUCGGCUUUUAAAGAUGGAAUGAGCAGGUCUUCUUGAAAGUAUGUGUGUUCCUGCAGUGGAUGAUGGCAGAGAGGCGGGGCACUGAGUUAAGCUGAAGCCUGCCUGAAUAUCUGAAUAUCAGGAUGAACACUACAGAUGGAGCCGGGCCCCCUGAACAGGAUGGAGAGGUCCGUGUUGUGCAGAUCUACCCCAGGCUGCCCCAGGACACAGCUUCCUACUGUCCCCUGCAGGUCAGUGGUGGGGACACGGCAGAGGCGGUCAUCCACAAUGCCGUGGCCACUCUGGGUCUGGAUGCCAGCCAGACAUACAGCCUGCUGGAGGUCAGGAAGAACAAUGGAGAGGAGAGGUUGCUGGAGGCUGGGGACUGCCCUUUGGAAAGGGUCCUGCUGUGGCCACCCGGGGCACAGAGGUGGCACCCUCAGAGCCAGGGGCACUACUUCAUCCUGCAGCACCAGCAAGCCAACAAUGGAGGCAACCAAGCAGAAAGCAGCAGAGAGGACUAUGAUGACCUUUGUAACCUCCAAACUGUCACUGAGAAGAGUAUUCUGGAGGCUUUACGCCAGCGCUUCUACAAGCUCAAAAUCUACACCUACGCUAGCAACAUCCUCAUUGCCAUCAACCCCAAUACGUUCCUGCCUCUUUAUUACAAUCCCAAGUAUGUCAAGUUGUACGAGAACCAGCCACUGGGCAAACUAAGCCCUCACAUAUUUGCCAUAGCAGACGUGGCCUUCCGUGCCAUGCUGAACAGGCAGGUUAACCAGUGUAUUGUGUUAUCUGGUGAGAGUGGCUCAGGGAAGACUGAGAGUCGCAGUUAUCUCAUCCACUGCCUGACUGCCCUCAGCCAGAAGAUGUACUCCAGCGGGCUGGAACGGACCAUCCUCGGGGCUGGCCCGGUGCUAGAGGCCUUUAGCAACGCUAAGACUGCAGAGAAUAACAACUCCAGUCGCUUUGGGAUGUUCAUCCAGCUCAACUAUCUGGAGAGUGGUGUCAUCAGAGGGGCAGUUAUUGAGAAGUACCUACUAGAAAAGUGCCGCCUGGUGUCCAGAGAUCACAAGGAGAGGAACUACCACGUGUUUUACUAUCUGCUGGUGGGUGCGUCCAAAGACGAGCAGGAGGAGUUUCAUCUAUUAAAGCCACAAGAUUAUCUCUACCUCAAACAGGAAGACCUCCUUAUAGAUGAUGAGGAGAAACUUGGGCAGGAGUACAAGAGGCUCCAUCAAGCUAUGGAGAUGGUUGGCUUCCUGUCCUCCACCAAGAAACACAUAUUUUCCAUCCUCUCUGCCAUCCUGCUACUGGGCAAUGUGACAUACAGACUGUCAGAGAACACUGAAGUCCUGGAGGUCGGACCUGAUGAAGUUUUGUCCACACUUUCUGACCUGCUCAAAGUGAAAAAGGAGCUACUGGUGGAGACUUUGACCAAGAGGAGAGUAAUGACCGCCAACAACAUCGUAGUUUCACAGUACACUCUACAAGUGGCCCCCACAGUGCGGGAGUCCAUGGCCAAGUCUUUAUACAGUGCUCUGUUUGACUGGAUCAUCCUUCACAUCAACCAUGCAAUGCUCAACAGACGAGACAUGGAGGCGUCCGUCUCUUGUUUGUCCAUCGGUGUCCUGGAUAUGUUUGGAUUUGAGAACCUCCAGACAAAUAGCUUUGAGCAGCUGUGCAUCAACUACACCAAUGAGAAACUGCAGUAUUACAUAAACAAGCACAUCUUCAAGCUUGAGCAAGAAGAUUAUGUGUCAGAGGGCAUCACCUGGCAAAACAUUGACUACACUGACAACACUGGCUGCAUUCAGCUGAUCAGCGAGAAGACAACCGGACUGUUUAACCUGCUGGAUAAGGAGAGCAACCUUCCUAAGGCCACAGAUGAAACCCUGUUGGACAAGUUGAAGCAGCAACAUCGGGACAACCCAUUCUUUGUACCUUCCUUGAAUACAGAGCCGACUUUUGUCAUUCAACACUUUGCUGGAAGGGUUAAAUAUCACAUCAAGGAUUUCCGGCAGAAAAACACAGAGCACAUGCGUCCUGAAGUCAUAUCACUUCUACGGAGCAGUGAGCGGUCGUUCGUGCAUCACUUGGUUGCAUCCAAUCCAGAAGCUCUGUUCAGAUGGGGAGUCCUCCGAGCCACCAUCCGCAUCCUCACAGUAUUCAAGAAACUGGGACGCCAGAGGGCAAAAUCGAUAUCUGCCAGACGAAGCUCCCGCAAGACCUUCAAAGAGAAACUGUCCAGCCUGACCCUGGAUUUCUCUUUUGAUCGCUCCGAUGAAACGCCUCUUGACGUAUUUGAAGACAUCUUUGUCAAUUAUGAAAAUAGAAAGAAAAGUCGAGCUGGUCGACAGAAGCAGCUUAUUCCCAAGAACCUCAUGGAUUUGCACUCCCUCCGAUAUAUUGUUGCUCUGGCCGCGCAUGACCGAACCAGCAAAUUCAUCUUCCACCCUCAUCGGCAGACAAAACCCCCGACAGUUAGCACUCAGUUUCAGGCCUCACUCAGAAAGCUGAUAGAGACAAUUGAAAAAGCGGAGCCAUUCUUUAUUUUCUGUCUUCGCUCCAAUGCUGAAAAGAAGGAGCUGCACUUUGAUGAUGAACUAGUGCUACAGCAAAUCAGAUACACAGGCAUACUGCAGAUGGUUAAGAUCCAGAUGUCUGGCUACAGCGCCACAUACACAUUCAAGGAGUUUGUUGAGAAGUUCAGAAUGUUGCUUCCAAAAGGAGCUACGGUAACGCCUGGGCACAUAACUGAACUGUUUGAGAGGAUGGAGUUGGAUAAGACCACCUAUCAAAUAGGGAAAACCAAGGUGUUCCUCAAGGAGAAGGAGAGGCAACUGCUCCAAGACACUCUUAACAAAGAAGUGAUGCGUCACAUCAUCAUCCUGCAGCGCUGGUUCCGUACCUGUCUGAUGAGGCUGCACUUCCUGCAAAACAGAGAUGCCACAAUGAUUAUACAGAGGAGCUGGCGUGAAUUUUACGAGAAACAAAACCGAGCUGCUACAGUGAUCCAGACAGCAUGGAGGAGUUCCCUGAAGACGCCAAAGCACCAACAAGAGACGGAGGGUGAUGAGAACACGGCGAAGACCCGGCCUGGACGGGACAGCUCGACAAAAAAGGAGUUCAAGAGGCAGCACAAAGUGGAGUUCAGCCCCAACAUGACCUGGCAGAGGUCCAGGAGCCAAGAGAAACAAGAGGGCAGAGGAUCCCCUCCUCCUCUCAACAGACCCCUCUCCCUCCCACUGGACCCUAAAGUUGGCAGUGGUGAUGGCUCCAACAGCCCCUCUAAGAACAGCUCGCUUCAGCGCUACAAAGAUAUGGGGGGCAUCAAGAAGAAGGCCGAGAGGUGGAAGGAAAGACAGAGCGAGGGCGAACUGACAGAUGAAUCAAGUCCAGAAAUACGACGACGACGACAAGAUGAUCAGAAAGAUACGUUUCUGUGCAAAGGGAUGUCAAUGUCUGUUGAUCAACUGACCAAGAUCAGCUCAUCCGGCUCUGAUAGCUCACCCUCUACCAAAGAGACACCAGCAGAAACUGAUGGGUCAAGGUUCAGUUUUCUAGCCAAAAGCACCUAUGAGUUGUCGGGACAACAGGCAUCUAACCAUUCACAAGUCACAACUCCUGAGAGGAUUUGGUUUCUUGGUAAAUUCCUGAAAAAGCGAGCACCUAAAACUUCCCCUGUCCACGACUCUUCAUCAGAUAAAUCGGUCACCUUGGCCAGCUACACUCCACCUCACUACCAAAUGCCAAACCAGAACAGUGAGAGGGUCGGUCACCACCCGUCGACUCGAAUCAGCCGGGCCACACGGGCGUUGCAUGGCAACUCGUCUCUGGAGCGUGAGAUCACUAACCCCAAAGAGCUGCGAAACCUCGACGAAUUCCUCGGCAAUCAGGUGAAUGAGCUGCGAAGUAGAAUAAAAGAUCUGUCACCAACAGAGAGCAUCUUCCUCACAGCCACCAUGCAGUUCAGAGAUACCAUUAAAGGCAUGUACUCUCUCCAGAAGCCCCAAAUCGGCUACAAUGACUUGAUGAAGGGCUACCAGAACAAAGUGAACACACUAGCAGGGUCGACGAAGACAGAAGUCUCGCUGGUGGUCAACUUGUUUCAGUCUGUGCUGGACGGCUUUAUCAGGGGCGAGCUAAAACGAGGGGAGUCUGAACCAGCCAAGAUGACGAAGAAGAAACGGAAAAAAAUGGACACUUGUCCUGAUAGUCCUCUGGAUCACCUGUUCAGCACAUACCAGGUGAACAUUAUGCAGUCCUGUGACUUGUGUACCUCCUACAUAUGGGGAAUGGAAAAAGCCUAUAUGUGCAGUGCUUGCAAGUUAAUAUGUCACAAGAAAUGUCUGACCAAAAUCAUCACAAAUUGCUUGACACGAUGUGCCAGGCAGGUUGACCAUAUACCAGGCUCCCUUCACUUUGGGGUGCAGGUGUGUGUCCUCACCAGUAAAGCCAACCCUGUGCCAAAAGUGGUGGAGUUGUUGCUGAUGCACAUCGAGCUAAACGGCCUCUACACAGAGGGUAUUUACCGCAAGUCAGGCUCAACCUGCCGAGCGAGGGAGCUCCACCAGAUUCUGGCGACUGAUCCUGAGGGACCUUGUUUAGACAACUAUCCCAUCCACACCAUCACAGGUCUGGUUAAACGUUGGCUCAGAGAGCUGCCGGACCCCCUCAUGACCUUUUCCCUCUACAGCGACUUUCUGCAUGCCGUGGAACUGCCAGAGAGCGCUGAGAGAAUAAGAGCUGUAUACCAAAAGGUUGAGGAACUUCCUCCUGCUAAUUUCAACACGUUAGAGCGGAUCAUCUUUCACCUUGUCAGGGUUGCAAAGGAGGAAGAGCACAACAAGAUGUCACCAAGCUCUCUUGCUAUUGUGUUUGCCCCCUGCAUCCUUCGUUCACCUGAUGUUGAUGACCCCUUCCUUGGUAUGAAGGAUGUGUCCAAGACUACACGGUGUGUGGAGAUCCUGAUUUCUGAGCAGUUCAGACGCUACAAUGAGAAGUUGCAGAGUAUCCAGGAGCUGGAAAAUGCUGAGGCCCUGGUUGUCAAUCAGCUCAAACUGAAGAGACAAAACACGGUUGUUGAAAAGCCUUCAGAGCUGGAUGUUCCAAAUGAAAUACAUUCAGAUGAAAUGGAGAAGACCCUCAUCAAUAGGAUCAAGUCUAUCAAGCAAGAAAAGCUGGACUUGGCCUGCAGGUUACCUGACCUGGAGCAGGAGAACUCUGACAAUGAAAACCUGGACUCAUUGUCUUCGAUGAGCUCAGACAGUCUAGAGGACAUCCAAGGCAGCCUGUACUCAGAAGUAUCAGGAAAGAUGACUAUGUGGUUGAAAACCCAGAAACCCGACUGCCCAUCUAAACCUCCUGACCUGGCUGAGAAUGUCAGAAGUCUGAUGGCUCAGACUGAUGAUGUACAGAGAGAGUUCGCGCCAGGACAAAAGACAGAUGUCACCCAAUCCAUGUGCUUCCUGCCCAGCCAAGACAACCCCUCCCCAACCGGCAAUCCCCAGAUCACCAGCAAGACUUCCAAUGGGACAUUUGACGACCUGAAAAUCCCUUACAUUGAUGAGGAUGAAGAUCUAACCUGCCCAUAACACCACAAGUUGUAAUAAUUGGAAUAGAAGACUUGGGUUGGGUCCAAAUUAUCAGUUCCAUUUGUCAGUGCUGCUAUGGAAACAAAGUGCUUUAAGAAUUUAUGUAUUUAAGGGGAGAUCAUACAGACUGUAACUUCAUGGGUUUUAUAACCGAUCUGGAGAAGAACCAAUAGCAAGGACUACUUAGCCUCUUGAAAUGCACUAUGAUUUUAAAGAUAUGUCAGAAUUGUACAGUUCACAUUUUAGAAAAAGGUAGGUACUUUGGACCAGUUCGGUGAAGCUGUGUGACCAGCUGUGUCUCAUCUGUAGAGAAAAACAGGACAUGCUGAGGAGCAUUAUGGAUACAAGUGCCUCCUUUACUAAUGGGCAUUAUUCUAAACUCAACCACUAUGGUACUAAUAGGAAAAAAUGUCUUGUAAGUGUACCAAAAAGGUUGCUAAGAGAUUGAAAGUGCUUCUCUAUUGUACAGAGUUGCGUUGAAUUUUGGGCUCUCAUUCAGUGCAUUGUUGUGCAUCUGAAAUGUUUCAGUUGUGUUUUUCUGCUUUUAAUUUCCCUGUGGUAUCUACUAUUGUAACUUACCACUGAUUCAAUACACAUCUAAGGGGAAUGAUCAUAUUGCUGCGCUUUAGACUGACUGAAAAGACUUCCCUCUGUCACUGUUCAUGGUAUUGCAAGGCUGUGCAGUUCCACCAUGUAGUUUUAUUUUUAUUUUUAAAUGCAUUCCUGUACAUUUUAUAAGGGGUAGACAUAUUGCAUAUUUGAGUGGGGAGGAGAUCUUCAGAGUUUCUUUUGUCACCAACUAAAAUAAACUGAUCAUUAAAUGUC